AUGCGGUAUCAGUCCAACGGGGCGUUCAGCUUCUCCGUCCAGCCCAUCCCAUUGCAGAUAUGUCAUCCGAAGAAACACUUUGUCUUCGUAAAGGUUCAUAAAUGUUCCUCCAGCACAGUAGCAGGCGUGCUAAGAAAAUACGCCUUGGAGAACAAUUUAACCAUCGCUCUUCCUUCAUCACAAAUCACUGGGCCAAAUCUCGGCUGGCCCGUCUCAGUUUUGCCGAAGUACAUCUACCGUUAUGGAAUUAUGAAAAAAAGGGGAAUAGCACUUGAAACCGUUUUCCACCAUCACCACUUUAACCUGAAAACAUGGCGAAGUGUGAUGCCACGCGACACGGUUUAUCUAGCCGUCAUGAGAGAACCGCUCGACCAACUCCGAUCUGCUAUGGGAUUCAUAUCGGCCCUUAAACGUCGCAUCAAUGGAACUGAUCAGAGAAAGGUUGGUACAUUCAAUGAAAAUCGUAUGAUCAAGUUACUGAGUGUUUUAUCCCCAAGGCAGCGGUGCCAGAUCUACAACUUUUACGCAAAUCCAAAAGCUAAUCACUUCUGGUUGAAUCGGAAGAACACAGUAUUUUCUUGGACCAAGAAUUUCAUGGCGUUCUCCCUUGGCUUUUCCCAAAAGGCGGGCAUGGCAGCCGCGAAGAAAUACCUCCAGCAUAUUGAUGGCGUUUUCGACCUUGUGAUUCUUACAGAAUAUUUCAUGGAGUCAAUGUUGUUGCUAAGGCGACGAAUGUGCUGGUCAAUGCGAGAUGUCACGUUUAUUAGGCUGAAUUCCAAGGUCACGAAAACUGUAGAAUAUCCUGAGGAACUGUAUAAUAAAUCCAGAGCUUGGAACACCGUUGACCAUUUAUUUUACGAUCAUUUUAAACGGAAACUUUUGCAGGACAUUUCUAAAGAAAAUAACUUUCAAGACGAAUUAGAACGCUUCAAAGAAGUGAAUGAAUAUGUGAAUCGAUUCUGCGAUGGAGUACUGAAAAAGAAUGGGGUAAAGUUCAUUAUUGUGCCGGCAUCGUACUGGAAUGACGAGUUCAGAUUUAGCGAAGGCGAUUGUGAAUCCUUAGUAAAACAGAAUGGCAACACGCGAAGUGAACUACGAACAUAUUUAGAUAGUAUUAUUGACGCCCCAAAGUUUGAUUUCGAAACGAAGCAAAAAUAG